UUCAACAUCCUCCAUCAGGAUGUGGCACCUCAAACUCUUUGCAGUGCUCAUGAUCUGCCUGCUGCUGUUGGCCGAGCUAGAUGGCUCCCCAACACCAGAACUCAGUUCAGCAAAGAGAAGGCCACGGAGAAUGACCCCAUUUUGGAGAGGGGUUUCCCUCAGGCCCAUUGGAGCCUCCUGCCGGGACAAUUCUGAGUGUAUCACAAGGCUAUGCAGAAAAAGACGCUGUUCCCUAAGUGUGGCCCAGGAAUGACGUACAUACCAGGGGAAGAAAGAACAGCGGUCACCUCCAACAAUGCUCCGUUCUAUGGAAUAUUGACUAACUGCAUUUUGGCUGGAGACACAUAAGUGAAGCAAUCUUAAGUUUUUAAUAUUUAAAGACAGAUGUAUGCUUUAAACUGGUCUCCAUUUCUUCUUAGAAUGUUAUUUGGAUAAGCAUAACUAAACGUCAAUUUAGAGUUUAUUUUUCUAUGGAUACUAUUAAAUGUC